CCGAUGGAUCAAACCGUAUCACGUGCUUUAAAGCUCCGCGAACCAACUUUAUCGAGCAGCAUUUAGUUCCGCCAAAAGUACGGCGUAUCAUGAUUAGUCUUAUAGCCAUGUGUUCAAUGUUCCUUUUAUGAAUUUUGAUUAACCGGACAUCGGAUCUAUAGUUUUCUUCAUCGACGACGUUCGCAACUUCAAUUUAGGUGAGAGCCGAGAAGAAUAUACGACAAAAUUCAAUGUGCGAAGAUAAAAAGCGAGCAAAGGAGGCGCAAGAGAACUACGACGAGGUAAAAAACACGGACACUCAAUGGCUACGCUCGCGGCAAAUGGUUCUUCACAGUUCUCCCCAGCGGAACGGCCAGCAAUUUUAGCGGCGCUCGAGGAGUUCACGAACGCGCUGGCCAUUUACCACAGUACACUGAGAAAGCCCGCGGAACAUGAUAACGAUAUUCUCGGCGAGUGUUUACCUCUCGAUACAGAAGAUUUAAAAGUAUUGAAUCCCGAGGAGAUUAUAAAGAUCCAAGAUAUGAAAGAACGAGCCAUCUCCAAGAAAAUUUACGAAAACAGUUUAUACAUGAGAAAAAUCAUGGAGAAGCUGAAGGAAGAGAUCCGUGAACAGGGAACGUUCGAGGUAUUGACUAAAGAGAUCGAAGAAAUCAUGGUACGCCAGAAAGAAGAGGAAACUCUGCUCGAGGAGCAAGAAAGACUAAGAAAAACCGCCGCAGAAUUGCAAAAGACAAUGACUGAGAAGAAAUUGGCGAAUGAACAGGAGAAAAGGCGAAUACUGAAUGAGCUUGCGGAGGAACAGCGUAACGUGGAAAAACUGAAAUUAAUCGCGGACGCGAAGUUGGAGUAUAUUACGGAAUGGGGGAAAGCGAGAUGCGAGCAGAAUUCAUUACGUUGCGACAUGGAAAUAGAAAAAUUGGAGAAGAUAUUAAACAACUGGCGCAUACGUGAAAAAAAUAAACAGCGUGUUCAUGCUGAGUUGACGAAAUUUCUGACAAAGGACAUAGCGUCGCUAGAGAAAAAGACCAACGAGUGGGAGGAACGGUACGCUCGAGAAAAAGAGACGUACGAGAAGGAAAUCCGGCAGCUACAUAUUGAGAUAGAAACACGUCGAAAGGAGUUGGACGAACUUAAAGAAGAGUAUCGUCAUAAUCAGGAAUUUAUAGACACGCAUCUUGCGAAAAAGGAAACACUACAAAGAGAGAAGGAACGACAGGAGCUCAUGCAAAAAAGCGCAAUCAAGAUUCAAGCUUGGUGGCGAGGUGUUAUGGUACGCCGGAAGUUGGGGCCGUAUCGACCUGUGGAGAAAAAGAAAAAGCGACAGGCUAAGACAAAGAAAUAACUCCCCUUCUAUUUGACCCACCCCUUAAUCCCAGUCCGUACAAAUACAUGUUCCACUCCGUUUGGAACAAUACUCGGCUGAAAACAAUAUUUAUUCUUCCUCUGCCAUGAAGACCACUUUUGCUUCGUCUACGCUCCGUCUCUUACCGCAUCCAUUAUAGAUACGUUGAUUGACUUAUACGUCAUCUUGAGCGUAUAAGUAUAUCGCGCAAUUUGUAAAAGACGAACAAGAAUAACAGUUUCAAAACACACUACUGAAGGAAUAUCUUACGAGAGAUUCGAAUUCAAUCAACUAUAAGAGUAGAAGAGCUGAAGAAUCGUAAUGCGCUAGACAUAAAUCUUUAUUGCAUAAAAAUGGAAAUUCCAGAUGUCGUUUCAAAGGAAACUUCAUCUGCAAGUUAUUUGAAUUAAAUUCAUUGGUCAAAUUAGUUUCUAACACGAAUAGAAAAAACGAGUAGAAGAAGAAAGAAACUUGUAACGAAUGAUCCACAUGAAAUCGCGAUUUUACUCUCUGCUUACGUAAUAUAAAGCUAAAGAAUGGCCACAGCGGAGUAUUGUUCAUGCAAGAACCUCAUUUCCUACACACUACUAACUUAGAUUCUGCGAUGUUCAAAAACACUGCAUGGUACACCAUAAUAAACCUCUACUAUACGUAACACGGAAUUCCUACACUUCAUUCUUCUUGCAGUUUCAUGAAAUUUAUGAUCAUAAUCUUAUAUGAAUAUGAAUAUACAAAUGAUAAAAUGUAGGUGUAUUGAACGUAUAAGCAAUAUAAUCCAACGAGUUUA